AUGUAUGAUGUAACAACUCGAAAACGUGUACAAUCAAUAUGUAAACAUACAAAUCGUGUUGGUGUACUUGCUUGGAAUGAUUGGUCAUUAUGUUCGGGUUCACGUGAUCGAUCAAUAUUAGAACAUGACAUACGUCAACAGUCAACUAUUCAUCAUUUUUAUGGUCAUACACAAGAAGUUUGUGGUCUUAAAUGGUCACCUGAUAAAUCUAUACUUGCUAGUGGUGGAAAUGAUAAUCAUUUAUUUCUUUGGUCAAAAAGUCAAUCAUCUCAACCAUUACAUUCAUUUAAUGACCAUAUAGCUGCUGUUAAAGCCAUAGCAUGGUCACCACAUCAGCAUGGUCUAUUAGCAUCUGGUGGUGGUGCAGCUGAUCGACAUAUACGUUUUCGUUCAUCAUUAACAUGUCAAACAUCAAGUAUAUAUGAUACAGGUUCUCAAGUAUGUCAAUUAAUAUGGUCAAAGAAUUCUAUAAAUGAACUUGCAUCAACACAUGGUGUUGCACAAAAUCAUAUUGUUAUUUGGAAAUAUCCAACAAUGGAACCAUUAGCAAAAUUAGUCGGUCAUCGACAACGUGUUUUAUAUUUAUCAAUGAGUCCCGAUGGAGAAUCCAUUGUAACGGGUUCUGGUGAUGAAACACUUCGAUUUUGGAAUGUAUUUGCUAAAACAAAAUGUACCAGAAAUCCAGAUUCGAAAUUAAAUGGACUGUAUCAAAUGCGAUAA